AUCUCUGCAUUUUUCUUCGGACAUAACCCUCUCUUUCCUCGUAGAAGACACAGAGAGAGAGAGAGAGAGAGAGAGAGAGAGAGAGAGAUGGGUUUGGUAGCGGUGGCGAUUCUCAUAUUGUGUUUCGGAGUCGGAGUGAAAUCAGACGGCUCGGAUCACAAGUACAAGGCCCGAGAUCCGGUCCCACUCUACGCCAACAAGGUGGGGCCCUUUCACAAUCCCAGCGAGACAUAUCGAUAUUUUGAUCUUCCUUUCUGUUCACCAGCUCAUGGGACUGAGAAAAAGGAAGCUCUCGGUGAGGUUUUAAAUGGUGACCGCUUGGUUGAUGCUCCCUACAAACUCAACUUCCGAGAAGACAGAGACUCUGAAGUUGUUUGCAAGAAGAAGCUCUCAAAGGAAGAAGUUGCUCAGUUCCGUAAUGCGGUCACCAAAGACUAUUACUUCCAGAUGUACUAUGAUGAUCUGCCCAUCUGGGGUUUUAUUGGAAAGGUCGAUAAGGAAGGGAAAGCAGAUCAAAGCGAGUACAAGUACUUCCUCUACAAGCAUAUCCAUUUUGAUCUUCUUUACAACAAGGACCGUGUUAUUGAGAUUAAUGUCCGUACGGACCCAAAUGCCUUGGUGGAUCUCACUGAGGACAAGGAAGUCGAUGUAGAAUUCAUGUAUACAGUGAAAUGGAAAGAAACCGAAACGCCAUUUGAGAAACGAAUGGAAAAGUACUCGAAGUCUUCAUCCCUUCCGCAUCACUUGGAGAUUCAUUGGUUCUCAAUAAUAAACUCAUGUGUUACCGUUCUCCUCUUGACUGGGUUUCUUGCCACAAUCCUCAUGCGAGUGCUUAAGAAUGAUUUUGUCAAGUAUGCCCAUGAUGAGGAAGCAGCAGAUGACCAGGAAGAGACUGGAUGGAAGUAUAUUCAUGGCGAUGUCUUCCGGUACCCGAAGCACAAGUCUUUGUUUGCUGCUGCCCUUGGUUCUGGCACUCAGCUGUUUGCUCUUACCGUUUUCAUUUUUCUACUUGCGUUAGUUGGGGUAUUCUACCCUUACAACCGAGGAGCUCUCUUCACUGCACUGGUUGUCAUAUACGCUCUUACAUCUGGUAUCGCGGGCUAUACUGCAACCUCUUUCUACUGUCAGCUUGAAGGAACAAACUGGGUUAAGAAUCUGUUGCUAACGGGGUGCCUUUUCUGCGGGCCUUUGUUCCUGACAUUCUGCUUUCUUAAUACUGUUGCUAUAGUGUAUAGCGCCACCGCAGCCUUGCCAUUCGGCACGAUUGUGGUGAUUGGUCUAAUAUGGACACUUGUAACAUCUCCUUUGCUUGUUUUGGGUGGGAUUGCUGGCAAAAACAGCAAGGCUGAGUUCCAAGCUCCUUGUCGCACCGCUAAAUAUCCUCGAGAGAUUCCACCGUUGCCUUGGUACCGAGGGGCUAUUACGCAGAUGGCAAUGGCUGGGUUCUUGCCAUUCAGUGCUAUCUAUAUUGAACUUUACUACAUAUUUGCCAGCGUGUGGGGCCACAGGAUUUACACCAUAUAUAGCAUUCUCUUCAUAGUCUUCAUCAUUCUCCUUAUUGUCACUGCUUUCAUUACCGUGGCAUUGACGUACUUUCAACUUGCUGCUGAAGACCAUGAAUGGUGGUGGAGGUCUUUCCUUUGUGGAGGAUCAACUGGCUUAUUUAUCUAUGGUUACUGCUUGUACUACUACCAUGCUCGAUCAGACAUGUCGGGCUUCAUGCAAACAUCCUUCUUCUUUGGGUACAUGGCAUGCAUCUGCUACGGAUUCUUCCUCAUGCUUGGAUCUGUGGGUUUCCGUGCCUCUUUACUCUUUGUGCGUCACAUAUACCGGUCGAUCAAGUGUGAGUGAGUAGCCUAUCUACUGGUCUGCUGUCCAAGUCAGGUAUGUUUCUUCCUCAUUGUGAAGCUUUGGUUGCUGAGGGAAAAAAAAAGGGUGCAUGAGUUUGAAGGGGCUGGGUUGGGGGAAUUCCUCUUGAGCUCAGAAGCAGCAGGGUUUGAGCUGAGGCCAUGCUUUCUAGUAAUGGGUGUAGGACUAAACUAUCAAUUGCUGUUUUGGGGGUUGUGUAUGUGGUUGCGAUUCUUGGGGGAGGCAUAUUUGGAAAAUCUUUAGUGUUUUCGGGGACAAGAGGUUGUAUCAAUUCAUUACAUGUACCUGGAGCAACUUGUGGAAGGUAAAAAAGAAAAAGAAAAAGAACAGUUAUCUUUUCAUUA